CCAAAAAAAAAAAAAAAAAAAUCAAAACAAAGUAUACUAUUAUCAAGUGGUACCCAUUAAACAAGUAUUGAUAUCGUUAUAAGGAUAGUCCGGUGUGGAAAUAGGUAUAGCAGGAAUAUCAAGCGGUUUUGUUUUAAAAAUUUUGUGGGAAUUUAAUAUUUGUAUUAGUAGCCGCUUUAAAUUAUAAUUCAAUUAUCUUCAAACAAGGAUUCAGUCAAGUAUUACAAGUAUCAUGUAUCUUCCAUUUGCUAAUUACAAUAACAACCCCAACCAAAACGGGAACAACAAACAACCUGCCACUGGGGCUCCAUCAAGUAUGUACAACCAACCUCCUUCGGUACGCCCUGGAUCAGGUCAAGGUUUUGUUAAUCAUCUUUCUUCCCCAGCUCCUGCUGCUCCUCCUGCUUUAUCCUCUCGUAUUAUGGGGAAUGGUUCAAUGAAUCUUUCCACUCCCCUUGCUUUCUCUCAUGCUAAUAGUGGGCAUUUGAUGCAACAACAACAACAACCCCAACCCCAACAUAUAUAUGAGAAUCAACCCCAACCUCAACGUUAUCAAACUCAACAACCUCAACUGAUUAGCUUACAGCAACUGCACCAUCAACCCCAUCCACUGCAACAACAACAUCACCAACAACAUCAUCAACAACCUCAUCAAAAUAUUAUGAUACAACAACACCAAAAGGACUCAAGUGAAAGUAUACAGGACGGUCAAGCCUCCGAUACUAAGAAGAGAAGAGGCCGUCCAAAAAAAUUCAUUCUUGAUCCUUCAACUAAUGAAUAUAUCGAUUCUACUCACCCAAAUUUUAAAGCUCUUAAUAGAGUAUUUAAAAAAUCAACUAAACGUAAAAACCGUACUUCUAAUCCUCAAGUUUCGGUUGCUAACUCAUUACCAAAUGCUCAGCCUGAUUAUGAAAGUGAAGAAGCUCAACAUGCUAGAAAAAUGGCUAGAUUACAAGAUAAACCUCCCUAUUUACGUUCUUUAGAGGAUGAAACGGUUAAAAAUUUAAUUAAAAAGAAAGAUAGAAGAGGUAGACCAAGAAAAUUCCCAGUAGAACAAACUGGUAUCACUAUCAAAGGUAUUAGAGUUAAUGGUACUCCUGGUGCCGUGGCUGUCAAGUCAUCUGAAGAUCUCGAUGACCCAACUAGAUUGGUGAAAACUAGAAACGACCUUGAUGAUGGAACUAAUGAUAUCAAUGCUACCAUCCAAAGUGUUAUUCCAUCUCAUUUACAACACGGUCUGUAAAUGUUCUGAGUUGAACUUCCUUUUUACUCCUUUUUUUUUUUUUUU